AUGGACCGGCGGCUAAGGUGUCCGCAGGGGUACGCGAAGGAGUCUCGUCGCCGCACUGGACUGCCAGUGACUCGUUGUCCAUCAUGAGGAAGCGAGUUAUUCUGGUGACAAAUAACAGUACUCGCAGCCGGAACUCGUAUUUCGACCAAUGCAGAGCGCUGGGAUACCAGAUUUUGUCCCCGCAGAAUAUUGUUACGGUAUCGGUGGUGGUGGGCGACUACUUGAAGCGUUGCCUGAAGUAUGACGGCAAGGUGUAUCUCGUCGGAAGCGCUGGCAUGGGCGAAGAACUGGGCUGUUUUGGAAUAGCACACACCGGCGUUGGCCCCGAUAAUAUUGCGGACUACGACUUGAACCACGACAGCUUCGGAAUCGUUUUUGAUCCCGAGGUACUCGCCUUCUGUUCUGUCUCGAUCAGUGAUAGUAAUGAUGCAUUGUCGUCAUUAGGGACAGGGGUGAUGGUGGCCGCCAUCAGGACUUCCUCUGGAAGGGAGCCGCUGAUUAUGGGCAAACCGCAUUUGCCAAUGUUCAGGUUUAUCAAGUCUCACUUUGGUAUUGACAUCAGCAGAACGUUGGUAAUUGGAGACGAGUAAGU